AGUCUCUCUGAGUGGGCUCCGAGGCCGCGUGAGCCCGGGCACCCCGAGCCACAGCCGGGAAGAAAGGAAACGCGAAUGACUCAAGCCGAGAAGGGGGAAGCGGCGGCGGCGGAGAAUGGGAAGGACAAGGAGCGCGACAAGGAGAGGGAGCAGCGCGGUGCCAAGAGGCCCAUCGUCCCUGCCGCCGUUCCCGAAUCCCUUCAGGAGCAAAUCCAGUGCAACUUUAUUGUCGUUAUACAUCCUGGUUCAAUGACCUUAAAGAUUGGAAGAGCUACGGACACACUUCCUGUUAGCAUUCCUCAUGUUAUUGCAAGAAGACACAAACAACAAGGGCAACUCACAUUCAAAGACAGUUGGCUUCUAAGAGAAGGACUCAAUAAACCCGAAAGUCCUGAACAAAGACAGAAUGGCCUUAAAAUGGUUGAUCAAGCAAUAUGGUCCAAAAAGAUGUCAAAUGGGGCCAGGCGUAUACCAGUAUCACCUGAUCAGGUCCGGUCUUACAAUAGACAGAUGAGGCCUGCUAUUUUAGAUCACAGUUCUGGGACCAAAUGGACAAACACAACCCAUCAUCCAGCAUAUCUCAUUGGAGAAGAGGCAUUAUAUGUUAACCCUUUGGAUUGUUACAAUGUUCACUGGCCUAUUAGACGAGGACAGUUGAACCUUCAUUCAGGGCCUGGUGGCUCCCUUACUGCAGUCCUAGCCGAUCUUGAAGUUAUAUGGUCACAUGCAAUACAGAAAUAUUUAGAAAUACCUCUUAAGGAUUUAAAGUAUUACCGAUGCAUUUUACUGAUCCCAGACAUCUAUAAUAAACAGCACGUGAAAGAAGUGGUAAAUAUGAUCCUAAUGAAGAUGGGCUUCUCAGGAAUAGUGGUGCAUCAGGAAUCUGUCUGUGCUACUUUUGGAAGUGGCUUAGGUAGUGCAUGUGUUGUUGAUGUGGGAGAUCAGAAGACCAGUGUUUGCUGUGUUGAAGAUGGUGUUUCACAUCGUAAUACCAGCUGUCUUCUUCUUCAGCACUUAAAAGAGACAUUUUGCCAUUUAGACCAGGAUUUAUCUGGAUUGCAAGAUCAUGAGUUCCAGGUUCGCCACCCAGAUUCUCCUGCCUUAUUGUAUCAGUUGCGGCUGGGAGAUGAAAAAUUACAGGCUCCAAUGGCACUGUUUUAUCCAGCAAUGUUUGGAAUUGUGGGGCAGAAAAUGACAUCCCUGCAACAAAGAUCACAAGGUGAUUCGGAGGACCCACAUGAUGAACAUUAUCUCUUAGCAACACAAAGUAAGCAGGAGCAGUCUGCAAAAGCAACAGCAGAUCGGAAGUCCAUGUCCAAGCCUGGUGGAUUUGAGGGAGACUUGCGUGGCCAGUCUUCAGGCAUUGCUGAAAAUCUCUAUCCCCCAGAAGUGGAAUUGGGCACCUCUCACAGCGACUGUAUUAUAGGUGGAAAUGACUCUGAAGAACAGCUAACAGCUCACAUGUCCAGAAAAACUGCUGUAUCUCAAUUUGAAGGAAAAGCAUUAGGCCUUGACAAAGCAAUUCUGCACAGCAUUGACUGUUGUGCAUCAGACGAUACAAAAAAGAAGAUGUACAGUUCCAUCCUGGUGGUAGGAGGUGGUCUGAUGUUCCACAAAGCCCAAGAAUUUCUUCAGCACAGAAUUCUCAACAAAAUGCCCCCUUCUUUCAGGAGAGUGGUUGAGAACGUAGAGGUUAUUACAAGACCAAAGGAUAUGGAUGCCCGUUUGAUUGCAUGGAAAGGGGGUGCCGUUCUAGCUUGCCUGGACACAACACAGGAGCUUUGGAUAUAUCAACGAGAAUGGCAGCGCUUUGGUGUCCGUAUGUUACGUGAAAGAGCUGCAUUUGUGUGGUGAUCCACUGAUACUAUAGGUAGGACGUAGUGCCAAAUAUUGUUUGU